UCCAAAAAGUGGAACGAUAAAAUAAGUCAUACGAAAAGUGGAACGGUACGCAACCGUUCCGUUCCGUUCCCGUGUGAACGCGCAGAACUGGUCCAGAAAAUGGAAUGAUAAGAGUUUUGCCUUUGGCGCAUGCGUCUGUGUUGUUGUUGAGGGAAGGAAAAGGUGACAAUAAUAAACUCAGCGAAGAAAAUGGAGGAUUUCAAAAACACCAUGGGGCUGAAUCUCGUCAGUCCAUUUAAAAGAUUCAACACCAUUCUGCAAACAUUGAAAUUCCUUCCUUUUAGGGUUGGCUUCCAUUUUCCCACGAGCUCGCUUAUAUUGGGGCGCUUUUGUAUUCUCCAUUUAUUCAAACUGUUUAAAAAAUUCAGAGAUAGCUCAGCGAUAAAUCGAGAUGAUGAAAUCUAUCUCCAUUAUGGACAUGCGCAUUAAAAAUAAUUUGCUUAUUUUGGCGCGCAAAUUGCAGAACGGGACGAUUGCGUUCCCGUCUAAACAUAAACAAAAAUCGAUACGCAGUCGUUCCGUUACCAUGUGAACAGUAUACUUUUUCGUUCCAGAAACUGGAACAAAAAUGGAACGGAACGAUUGCGUUCCCGUGUGAACGGGGCCUUGGUGUUCGUUAUUUGGUCUGAUGUACUGUAAAACCUCUCGUUUGCCCCGCCCCCUUGAGGCUAAUCAGGGAGCUUUUUAGAUGGAGACUUACACGGGGGGGGGGGGCAUUCGAGGAUAAACGUUAUGGAUUGUCCUUAGGAAUUGUCAGGAAGAUAUAGAUUCUUUAUAUUUGGCUCUUUAUCAAAGGAAGGCAGGCUGUAAGUUCAUAAAUCAUUAGCUUCUUCUUGGUUGGAUUUACUGUUUAUCUAGAAAUGACUAACUAGCGAAUUUCGAUCAAGUCAAAAACAAACUGAUGCGCAAAGCCUUCUGUAUAACUCAAAUUUGUUAUGUCAAGAUGUUGUAGAAAGUUGGAGCACGAUUUCAUGUCCCAACACGAUGCUCGUCACGUUGGAAGGAACAAUAGAAACCGUAGCCCAUGGGAGCAAAGCAUCAUGAAAACAACCAAUGUAUGACCAAAGCCGAGUCCCAAGAGGUUAUAUCUGGUAUUCUUACGUCGCAGUCUUGGCGGUCGAAAUCUGUUUGGGCCGUGACGAGAAUGAGAAAGUUGGUUUAAACGGUAAGCCUUAGGAAAAUAUUCGAUUAUGAAAUUCGUUUCGUUUUGCGGGAAGGUUGCUGAAAUGCAGGAAGAUUAUUUGAAGUAUUGGGAUUUACCAUUCAAUGAGUUUUCAACAGACAAGUCUCUAGGAUGUUGCUGCAAAAGGAUGCAGUCCUGGUGCUUCGUUGGUAAGGUUUUCUCUAGCACAUGUUUGAAAACUUGCAGUAACUCGCUGUCCUGGCGCCAAAGCCCAGAUUGCAUCAUUUGUUUCUUUACUUUCUUUUAAUUUGGCAAACGUACACUAAUAGCUAUAAUAAAGCUUAUUAAAACCAACUAGCUCGUGAGUUGCGAAACUCCAUUUUACUUGGUGCAAUGGCCAUGAAAUUACCUUGAUCGUUGCAAAAAGUAGCACUGAGUUACAAAAACAAAAACUGCAUUGCACAACAAAUAAAUUACCUAUUUUCCGAUGCAGUCGGCCAGCAAUUUAGGACGUAGUUACAGAGUCACAGCAUAGGACGACUCGAGACAAGUUCUUGGAAAAAUUUGAUCGUGUAACACUGGUUUUUGUUCUGUGUUCACAAAGUUUCCAGCUUAAGGUCUCAUUAUACUUAUGGUUGUUUUUAUCAAAUACAAUUAUUUUUUUGUUAAUUUUGAGCUUUUGUAUAACCUAAUAAUUAUAUAAUGAAUUGAACUAUUUCUGAAAUUUCUUCAGGUGUUGGUGCCAAUAUUUUUUUCAAGAGUUGCCUUUUUAUGUGUCUGUUAGUAAUAAUCUUCUAAAUUAUCAUUUAGCAAAGCAAAAAAUUGGCCUUAAAAGCACCCUUGACGAUCCCCCUUCUUGCAAAGAAUGAACUCUCUCUCUCUCUUCAAUAAAUGAGCCUCCAGCGAUGUAUACUGACUGAAUUUGACUUUGCAAUAAAGAGACUUGUAUGAAUUUAAAAAAUUUCCUAUCAUUCCUUGAUGUUUUAGUCUUUUUAAAAUAUAAACAUGAUGGGCAGGGUCAAAAGAUUUACAGAGAUCACUGCGUUAUUUAGAAGUCAAAGAAGUGUUCAAAAAAUUGCUUUAAGAGUAACUGUCAGUGUUUUUUACAGAUCUACAAUGCAAUAUUGAUCCAGUGGGAAGAGGGAUUCGAAUUCAAAUGUAGAAAAUUGCAUAUUUCUCAACAAUUUUGUCCGGAAUUGUUGUUUGCCGUGCAUCUAAGUUAUUUACACAAAAUUUGUAGCUUGUAAAGCAAGAUUAACACCCGUGAGAAACUGAAUAAUCAGAUUGAAACUAAUGUAAACUAAGAUUCUUGUAGCUUUAAAGACCACAGUUAUGAAAGAUUUUGUAAGACAGGUUGCUGUUGAAGAGACACAGUGAUGCCAAAAGAACUUGGAGCACCCAGCAAUUUGCAUUGCAUUUUAUGUCUUUCAUUCUUUUUCCGAAAAAAGAUUACUACUCCCGCCCCCUUCCCCCUAGAACAAUGUUGAUAAUUUAGAGAAAUAUCACAAAAGAAGCGCAAAAGAAAAUGCUUCCUUAAUUCCUAACCCGUUUCAUAGUAAACCAACAUAGUUCCGUGGGGGAGAGGGGGAUGAUUGAUUUUGAACUUGAAAAUUGACGUCAGUGUUCCAAGACUUUUGGCAGGUAUUGUAGGUUGCUGGGAAACAAUGAUUCAAUCUUUCACUUUAGUUUUGAUUACAGAUUGAUUUAAUUUUGUAGUUAAUAGAUUACCCGAAGAUCGCCAGCAUUGGAUACCUAUUAUGUUCCGCAAGACUGAAAUAUGUCACUAAGCAUGUAAAAGCCAUGAUUUGGAAAACACAGGAAAACACUACCGUUUUUUACAAGGAGCAAUCAUUAUAUGAUGUCUCAUCCACUUUUGGUGUAAAUCCUAUUGCUUUGUGGGCCAGCCCCUAGAAAUCCUUUUGCCUCAGUGAAAAUCUCCCAGGCUAUUUACAAGAGUAGAUUUCCCUCGCUUUCUAACAGUAAGACCCCCUGUAUAAUUCUGAUAUGCCCCCAUGCUGAGGAUAUUGUAAAUGUUACCUCUCCCAAAUUGUAAAUGAUGCGUACAAAAUGUUCGUUUAGCGCCUGGGGCGUAUGCACAUGCUUUUAAGUUGAUUGAUUUCAAAAGUUUAUUACUCUUCAUAGCGCAGACCUCGGAGACAUAGUUCAAGGUAAGAUGUUAUGGUCAGAAAGAGAGACAGAAAGAAGCUGGAUGCAACUCAAUUACCUAACUAUUUGAGGGAAAUGAGGGCAAUGUUCUGAACAAAGAUGAAGCUUCUUUUUGCUUGUUCAUUCCUGGUGAUUCUUCUGAUGGUAGAUGCUGAAGCUGAUGUGGCGGCAGAACACAUUGACAAUUGGGCAAAAGAUACGGAACUAUCUGACUCUACCUUAAGCAACUACGAUGACGACGAGUUUGAUGAAGAACUCGAAGAGGAAACUGAAGGCGAUCCUAGACCUGGCAAAAAUUGUGCCGGAUGCAAGCGAUGUUACCGAUGCAAAUUCCAGAGAGGGCCGCGCACGUGCCAUAAAAUUCAACGCAGGGUGUGCCCAAAAUGCCCAAGAAACCGUUGCUAUGACAACAUGAAGCCCCCAGAGAGCAGCAGAAGGCGAAGCAGUCGUCGGCGAUGGGGGUGGUAAGAUAGAAGAAAGCACGAUGCUGGAUGGACUGUUCAGAUAAUGAACGAUGUGGCGCUGUUUCGAUGCUUCAUAUUCUAAUACUAAUGCUGGAUUGCUUUUUUUAAAAUAAUAUUUUCACAUACUUUUCUGUUUUUCUUUGACUUCUAUAUGAUAUUGAAACAAGAUGCAAUGCAUUUCCUCUCAGCUCCGAAAUGUCAUUUCGUCACUAAGGAAAAAUUAAAAUCAUCUAGAAUAACAGGGAGGUGAAACAAUAUUUGAAAGAAGAUUUCUUUUGGCAUGGCAAAUGAUAAAUUUCACAUCUACUUGUUACACCGCACUUGUUACAUCUACUUGGCCCUUUGUAAAGUGGCACUUUUUAUUCAU